AUGACCAACGUACAUAUUCACCCAACCAUAGCUGACAUAAAAAAUAAUACAUUGUGGUGUCAGUUAAAAACUUAUUUAUUAACUAUUGCUCUUAUUUCUUCACUUUAUUCAAAUACACUUCAAGCUCUCUAUCGAUUUUUCCGAAUUAUCUUCUACACUCAUCCUUAUUUUUAUCGAAAUAUUUACCUAUAUAUUUUUGGUAUACUGAUCCAAAUAUUUUUAAGUGCACUACAACCGUUACCAGUUCUUCUUACAGGUGCAUAUCAAUAUGAAGAUCAUCAUUGUCAGAUGCUUUUGACGGAUUGGCAUGGAAUAACAAUGGGAACUUUCCUCAUCUGGCUUUCACCUGUCACAAUUACAGUAGUCAUUUAUGCAUAUACAUGGCGUUAUAUACAUCGAUAUUCACAAAUACUCACUGUACGGCAACAAGCAAGAAUUAUACGUGAUUUUACUGUUAUACGACGUAUCUUGUGGUUAAACGUUUUUCCAUUAGUAUUUGGCACACCGGAAAUCUGCUUAACAAUCGUCUAUUGUGUGUCUGGUUAUAUUGAAUGGUGGGCUAAUUAUUUAUCAUGGUUUACAUGUAUUUUAUCUUUUAUUGGUAUGAGUAUUAUACACACACGUUUUUCACCACAUCUUCGUGUUUUAUGGUCAAGAAGAUCAAAUAGAAUUAAUCCAAAUCCAGUAAUAACGCUCCGAAAUUUGCAAUAA